AUGAGCUCUCAGCUUUCGAGUUUCAUAAUCACGUGUCUGGGGAGACUGGCCGUCUUGAUACUGCUUAUCCGAAGUUCGGAUGCGUUACCUUUCUCGCGAUUAAAGAAGAGCAAGCCAUGGAAACCUUCGGCCCAUGAGUUGAGCCAUCUUGAGGCGAACGGGAGGAUGGUCUCAUCCAAGACCAUGACAUCGAUACUGGAGCUCAACACAGCAGCCAAGUUCUCUACUAUUGACGAGGGAUACGUCGGGUUUACCUUAUCUUUCCUGACAGGAGAAGUUGCGCACUGGUCCAAUACCAGCAUCUUGUUCAUCGACCUCAAGUCACCGCAGCUUCGCACACUGGUGAAGAGACUCUCGCCGGCGAUUCUGCGUGUGGGAGGAGGAUGGGAGUACAAGGUUGUGAUGAACGUCAACGGGUCCGAAUGCGAGACGCAGGGGACGCCGCCGGAGUUCUGCCUCACCAUGGGUAGGUGGCAUGAAAUCCUGGAGUUUGCCAACGACACGCAGAUCGACGUGGUGUGGGGCCUCGGAGCUCAGCGGCGAGCCAACGGACUUUCUCAGCUGGACUUUGACAACAUCCGAGACUUCCUGGCCUACACCUCAACGAUGCCGGACGAGCUCAAGGGAAGGAUCCUAGGGUUUGAGCUCGGGAAUGAGCUGGACGACGCCGACUUUGUUCGCACAAGCUCUGCAGUAGCUCCUCAGGUACUGGCUAGAGACUAUCUCUUCCUCGCGCAGAUUCUCGAGCUCUUUUUCCCUGGCCGUCACUGUCCUCCCUCCUCCGGAGUCUCCUGCUCGCGUCCUUUGCUGGUCGGACCUGCUCAGCAUCCUAACGUGGACUUCGCGCGGAGGUUUCUAGGGGCAUGCGGUUGGGUCCUGGACGCCUUCACGUUCCACAGCUACGUAGGGUACGGGGGAGACGCCGCGCUCUCUUCCAAGCUGGUGAACCAGGCGUUCCUCGAGGCUUCCUGGGAACAAGCAGCCCCGACAGUGGAGGUUGCCUUCUCGCUCGCACCGGAGGCGGCGGUUUGGGCAGGCGAGACCUCAUCUGCGUGGAGCAGCGGGCGAUGUGGGGUAACGGAUCGAUGGUGGAGCAUGCUGUGGUACGCCAACACGCUGGGAAGGUUCGCAAGAGGAGGGGUCUCGCGGUUCGCCUACCACAGUCUCAACGGCGGUUGCUACGCGCUGGUCAACAAGACUAGCCUGCAGCCUCACCCCAACUACUGGCUAGCCGUCGCCUUCCAUGAUCUCAUGGGUACCGGAGUGCUGGACCUGCGAGUCUUGGAGGGACUGGAGGAGGGAGAGGCGGGAGGAAGCAAGAACCUGAUGGUUUAUGCGCAUACGUCCAAACGCUUCUUUGACAACACCACGCACGGCGCGACUCUCCUCCUCAUCAACAUUGACCCGGCGGUCACACGGGAAGUGCAGCUGACGGAAGACCCUCAUCUGCUGCUGCCUCGGAGGGAGUACCUCCUCCAGCCUGGCUCCCUAGGGCUCGACUCCAACGUCGUCCUCCUCAACGGAGUGGAGCUGAUGUUCCGGGGAGGGAACUUGUCGUGCCUCGUGGACCUGGGGAGGUGGAACUUCCCCUAG